CCGAGGCCAAGGUAUGGCCUCUAGCCACCUCCCAGGGGGUGGUGCCCCUCUGUGAUACCUGGUGCUGCAGCAUGAGGAAGAGACAGAUUCAGCCACCCAGGGAAGACGGCAGUGGGUUGAGGGAGGGCUGGCAGCCUGCCCACCACCAGGCUCCAUCUGUCCCCUCUCCAGGCAGUGGUCACUAGGCGGAACAGGACUGUGGCCGUACUGGUAGAAGAGGAUGCCCCAGGCUCUGGAGCACGCGGACGGCAGCUGGGCCUGGGUGGUACUGCUGGCCUCCCUGGUGACCCAGGCUCUCACCUUGGCCUUCCCUACCUGCAUAGGCGUGUUCUUCACCGACCUGCAGCGAGACUUCCAGGCCAGCAACAGUGAGACCUCCUGGUUCCCCUCCAUCAUGAUGGCUAUGCUCCAUGCUGGGGGACCUCUGUGCGGCAUCCUGGUGGGACGCUUUGGCUGCAGAGUGACCAUGAUGCUGGGUGGGCUGCUGGCCAGCCUGGGCAUGGUGGCCAGCUCCUUCUCCCGUUCCCUCAGCCAGCUGUACCUUACAGCAGGAAUAAUCACAGGCCUGGGCAUGUGCUUCAGCUUCCAGUCAAGCAUCACUAUGCUGGGCUUUUAUUUCGUCCGCCGGCGGGUGCUGGCCAAUGCACUGGCCUCCAUGGGUGUCUCUCUGGGUGUCACCCUCUGGCCACCAUUUGCCAACUACCUCCUGGAAGACCUGGGCUGGAGGGGCACCUUCCUUGUCAUCGGCGGGGUCCUUCUCCAUUGCUGUGUCUGUGGAGCCAUCAUGAGGCCCGUGGCCACCAACACAGCCCCUGAGACCACAGCAACUCCCGCUCCACCUUUUAAGACAACUGCCCAUGGCUGCCUGGCAACGUGUGGUUUGAUCAUCCGGCACCACCUGGCCUUUGACAUCCUGUGGCACAACACGGGCUACUGCGUGUAUACCCUGGGCGUGACGUGGAUGAGCUUAGGUUUCUUGCUGCCACAUGUCUUCCUGGUCCCAUAUGCCAGGUGGCAUGGGGUACAAGAGGACAGGGCGGCCCUGCUUGUUUCAAUCUUCGGUUUUUGCAACAUCUUCCUGCGGCCCACAGCGGGGCUGGUGGUAGGCCGGAAGAGAUUUGCCAGCUACCGCAAGUACCUGUUCAGCCUGGCAGUGCUGCUCAACGGGCUCACCAACCUGGUGUGCACAGUGUCCGCCGACUUCCGCGUGCUGGUGGGCUACUGCCUGGUGUACAGCGUGUCCAUGUGUGGCAUUGGCAUCCUCAUCUUCCAGGUCCUCAUGGACAUUGUCCCCAUGGAUCGGUUCCCCAGCGCCCUGGGCCUCUUCACCAUCCUAAGUGGCAUCGCUUCUCUCAUCUCCCCGCCACUGGCUGGGUUCCUCCUGGACACCAGCAACAACUUCAGCUAUGUUUUCUUCAUGUCAAGCUUCUUCCUCAUCUCAGCUGCCCUCUUCAUGGGUGGCAGCUUCUAUACCCUGCAGAAGAAGGAGUGGCGGGGCAGGGAAGCCAAGGCCAAAGGAACCAUUUCAGAGGCCACCCCAGUAAAGGAUCCAACCCUGGAAGAUAAGGACGAUCCCAAGAAGCAUCUGUGUUCUGAGGUCAUGUAUGUGACCAGUGUCUGAGCUUCAAGGGUCACAUGUGUGACCAGCAUCUGAGCCUUCAGUGAACCUUUUCUCAACCCAGGAACAGGGCUUCCAGCUGCUUUGAAGGGUGCUGGUAUAGAAGAUAGCCCAGGAGGCCUGGAUUGAAGGUUGUCCAGGCUCUGCAAGUUGGGACUCAGCCAGGACCUGGAAACUUGGAGGCCAGUCUCUGAAGACACAAAGUUCCUUCCAGUUGCAGAAACCAGGAAUGGGCUUUCCUCCUUGGGCCCGGAAGGUGGGUCUGAUCCCUGCUCCAUGCAUUGGGGCCAGUUAAGCUCAGUGGGCCUUGGGCCAUGAAUGACGUUCCUACAACCCAGCACACUGGACCUUCACGCCAAACCUUUAUACCUCCAACAUCAGCUCUGCUUAUCUUUCCAUGGCUUCCAGACAGUUCUGAAGAGCUCACCCUCCUGUCCAUCUUCACCCUCAGGGCAGCCAAGACUGUGGAUGUGGUUGCCCCCACACAACUGGCUGGGCUUGGCUGACUGGAGCCCUGGGACAGGCAGUAGUGGAAGACAGGGCUGAGGAGUGGGCCUAGAUGUAGGACGGAGACAGAUUAAAACUGGGUGGAGUAUCCAUCCUGGUACCUAUGCAGAGAGGAGGGGAAUCCCUGGCUUGGGCCCCAGAAUUGGGAAAGCCUGAGGGGUGCCUUGUCAUCCCAGUAGGUUACUCCAGGGCUUUCCUCCUCCUUUGGCCCACCCUAUAGCCUUGGUGGGAAAAGUGAUGCUGGGUCAGGGAAAAGCAGGACAUCUGGCUGACCCAGGGAGGCGAAAUCUCACCAGGAGUGCACCACUGUGAGAAAUAGGGCUGUUUGCAACAGAAGACUUCAUGUAACCUUCCCUGACUCCAGAGAACCUUUUUCUCCCUGGUUCUUAGAAGUGUCACUUCUGGGGCAAGUAGUAGCCUGGGCCAGCUGCCAGUCCAUCCCCACUCCCUGCUGGCCUGGCCCUGCAGCCUGGAGGCCAGGGCUUCCCCACUUUGUUGUUGCCCUUCUCUGAAGUCAUCACCUAGGACUGGCUAUCAUCAGCCUAGGCUUGUCCCAGCAGGGUACCCCAGGGAAUAGGAAAACAGAGUUUGUUUGAAUUAUACACAAAAAUGUUCCCUGCAGUGGGUCAUAAACUCUGAACUAAUAAGGGCAGAGAACAGGUCUGGAGUAGUUUCCUCCCUCCCCUUUCCUUUCUCCCAGCUUGGCAGGGACUGCUUGGGCUUAGGACCACGUUUGUUGAUUCAGGCUCAACCAGGCUCCAGCAAGAAAACCUUAUCAAGAAAAAUUAUUUUGUUUUUAUGACCUGAUGCCAGCCUUCCUCCUCCACCUGUCCAUCUGGCUUGAAUGUCCAUCCUUGGGGCUGUGGUGUCCCAAGACCCAUCACAAGUGCCCUCUUAUGGCCAGAGAAGGUAGUGCAGAGAUAUGGCAAGGGACACUGGGCUGGGAUAUAGGUUUGACUCAGCCACAAUUUACUGUGUGACUUUGGGCAAACUGUUUUAUCUCUGGAUGAGCCAACAUCUCUUCCAAUCUGAAAAGUCUGAUUAUGUGAGUAUACUUAAGAUUCCUGUUGCCUUUCUGCCUCCCACCCAACUGAGCUUGGUCAAUAGCUAUAGCUUGUGUUCUGAAGGGAUACAUUUUUCCAUCUCAACUGAGUGAAAAAGAAGAGAAGUGUGGCUGGUAGGUAGGUCCAUCAGGUUUUAAGAUGCUGUGUAUUUCCUAAAUGGGCCACUUCUUGAAAACAUAUAAGGAAAAAAAUAUAUCCAGGAACCUUCAGUAUAGGGAAUUCUGACCUCUCCUGUCUCCACGCAAGAGUAGCAAAAAAGUAAGAGGAGUGGAAUGGUCCAAUAAAUAAGAAAAUAUUAAUUAACCAUCUAUUGUGGGG